AUGCUGGAUCUGAUGGUUAUCAAGGGAUGCGAUCCUGAUAUUGUGACUUAUAGUAUCCUUAUAAACGGCUAUUGCAAGGCUAAACGGGUUGAUGAAGGUAUGAGACUUUUCCGCAAAAUGUCUAUUAUAGGAGUGGUUGCAGAUACAGUCACUUAUAACACUCUCAUCCAAGGCUUUUGUCAAUCUGGACAACUUGAUGUUGCCAAGGAACUUUUCCAGGAGAUGGUUUCUGAAGGUGUUCAUCCAAAUAUCAAGACUUACGGUAUUUUGCUGGAUGGGUUGUGUGACAACGGAGAACUAGAGGAAGCCCUGGAAAUACUUGAUAAAAUGCACAAGACUAAGACGGAACUUGAUAUUGGUAUAUAUAAUAUCAUCAUUCACGGGAUGUGCAAUGCUAGUAAGAUCGAUGAUGCUUGGGAUCUUUUCCGUAGCCUCACUAUCAAAAGAGUGAAGCCUGACUUCAAAACAUAUAACAUAAUGAUUGGAGGAUUAUGUAAGAAAGGCUCACUGUCUGAAGCGGAUGCAUUGUUUAGAAAAAUGAAGGAAGAUGGGUAUGAGCCAGAUGAUCGUACGUACAACACACUAAUCAGAGCACAUCUUCGAGGCUGUGACUUAGCAACAUCAGCUAAAUUUAUAGAAGAAAUGAAGAGUUGUGGGUAUAGAAGCAUUGAUCCAUAA